AUGACAUCUCCGUUUGUCAAAGAAUUGUUGGAUUAUGAAAUACCAAACGCAGCCAAGCUACCGACGCUCAAGACAUAUAACGGAACCACUGACCCGAAUAGCCACAUCGACACAUAUGAAUGGACGAUGACAUUGUUGAAGCUUGACGAGAGGUUUUGGUGCACGUAUUUCCCAACAACCCUUGAUGGCAACACCGACACAUGGUUCAAGACGCUGCGACCGGGCAGCAUCUCCAAUUUUGCCCAACUUAAGUACCUUUUCCUCACCAAAUUUAUGCAAUCACGCAAGUACAAGGGAGACUCUCAUUCAAUCAUAAGAUGUAAGCAAAAGGAGGGUGAAACUGUACGAGAAUGCUUCACAAGGUUCAUAAACACUACGCUAGACGUAUCGAGGCAUGAUGAAGGGCUCAUAGCUGGCGCCUUUACGUGGGGACUUUUACCAGGCCCUUUAUCACAAAAACUCAUGGGAAAGAAGCCUCUAACAUGGGCCAAAUUGAAAGAAAGGGUGGAGCGAUAUCUGAGGCAGGAGGAUUUCCGAGGGGGAAGUAGGCCCUUUAUCACAAAAACUCAUGGGAAAGAAGCCUUUAGCACCACAACCCAGGUGUACAUAGUGUCGGAGAAACAACAGCCAGCCAAAUCACCCAAGAACUGGUACUGUGACUACCACAAAAGUAAGACGCAUGAGACAACUAACUGUUCAGUAUUAAAAAAAGAAAUGGACGAGAAACAACUCAAAGAGGACUUGGUGGAAAUAGCGCGAAGCUUGCGUGCCAAAUUUGACACCGAAAACGCUAAAAAUAUGCCUCGCGAGGGGCUCCAGCCUAAGGAGAUAUUCAUGAUACGGAGCAAGAGAAGCAAGGAAGAGCGACAAAAGGGAACAAGGGACUAUCAGGCACUCGGUACGUACACUCACAUUCUCUGUACAAGACCCCCUCCCAGAAGGAUGGAGGGGCAAUAA